GAGUCCGCCGUCGUUACCGAGUGCGUCUUUGGAGAGAGAGAGAGAGAGAGCGAGAGAGAGAGCGAGAGCGAGAGAUACCGGCUGAGAAAGAAACGCAGCAACAAGAGAAAGCAAUAUCUCCGCGGUCCCUUUCACCUGGCCGUCUCCGAGCUCCGUGCGGCCCCUCCUGCGCUCCCAAUUUGAGCCGAGACCUCGAUGUGGAAGCUGGGCUAGAGGAGAGAGGGGCUUCGCUCGGGGAAGGCAACUAGCUGAAUUACCCACAACGAGCUCGGUGAAGUAGCCCCCUAGUUGCCUCCCAAGCGGCCGCUGCGAGAAAGGAAGGAGCGGAUUAAUUGAGCCAAACAAUAGUGAAAAUGGACUAUGAUUUCAAAGUGAAGCUGACCGGCGAGAGGGAGCGAGUCGAGGACCUGUUUGAGUACGAAGGAUGCAAAGUGGGAAGAGGCACCUACGGCCAUGUAUAUAAAGCCAAGAGAAAAGAUGGGAAGGAUGAUAAGGACUACGCCCUCAAACAGAUUGAAGGCACUGGCAUCUCUAUGUCAGCCUGCAGAGAGAUUGCACUGCUGCGGGAGCUGAAGCACCCCAAUGUCAUCUCGCUGCAGAAGGUGUUCCUGUCACAUGCAGACCGUAAAGUAUGGCUGCUGUUUGACUACGCCGAGCAUGAUCUCUGGCACAUUAUCAAGUUUCAUAGAGCGUCCAAGGCCAACAAGAAGCCUCUCCAGCUGCCCAGAGGAAUGGUCAAGUCUCUGCUCUACCAGAUCCUGGAUGGCAUCCAUUACCUCCACGCCAACUGGGUCCUACACAGAGACCUUAAACCAGCUAACAUUUUAGUGAUGGGGGAAGGGCCAGAGAGGGGUAGAGUAAAGAUUGCGGACAUGGGGUUCGCCCGUCUCUUCAAUUCACCACUGAAGCCUUUAGCCGAUCUGGACCCUGUGGUGGUCACCUUCUGGUACAGAGCACCUGAACUGCUGCUAGGGGCCCGGCACUACACCAAAGCCAUCGACAUCUGGGCGAUUGGCUGCAUCUUUGCGGAGCUGUUAACGUCUGAGCCCAUAUUCCACUGUCGCCAGGAAGACAUCAAGACCAGUAACCCAUACCACCAUGACCAACUGGACCGCAUCUUCAAUGUCAUGGGCUUCCCUGCUGAUAAAGAUUGGGAGGACAUCAAGAAGAUGCCAGAACACUCCACCCUAAUGAAAGACUUCAGAAGGAACACAUACACAAACUGCAGCCUUAUAAAAUAUAUGGAAAAACACAAAGUCAAACCAGACAGCAAAGCAUUCCACUUGCUUCAGAAGCUGUUGACCAUGGACCCGAUCCGUAGAAUCACAUCUGAGCAGGCCAUGCAGGACCCCUACUUUCUGGAGGAGCCCCUGCCUACCUCUGAUGUAUUUGCAGGCUGCCAGAUUCCCUACCCCAAGAGGGAGUUCCUGACAGAAGAGGAGCCGGAGGAUAAGGCAGACAAAGUAAGAAAUAAAAACCAGCAGCAGCAACAGGGGAACAACCACACCAAUGGUGCGGGGCAUACUGGCAACCCUGAAAACAGCCAUGCCCAGGGCCCGCCUCUGAAGAAAGUGCGAGUUGUCCCGCCCACCACUACCUCAGGUGGCCUCAUUAUGACCUCAGACUACCAGCGCUCCAAUCCACAUGCUGCCUACCAGAACCCGGGACCAAGCACAUCACUGCCCCAAAGCAGCAUGGGAUAUUCCUCUACCUCCCAGCAGCCGCCCCAGUACUCCCACCAGACCCACCGCUACUGAGACCCCUCCCACCCCAACACACACACGCACAUGCAUACAUACACACCCCUCACCCUCACCAUGCCCACCCGGGAGAAUGUACUGAGGGAUGUGGAGAUGUCCAUGGCAACAGCCCUCCCCACUUCCCACCCCCUUCACCCCGUAAAGGGCACUUUCCCUGCAGCAGUCUGUUAGACCAGAACGACAACAAUCCACACUUCUUGACGAUUACGCACCAUAACCCCAGUAUUAGAAACACCGCUACAUGGCGAAACCUAACGGGGGAAACGCAAGGCAGGUGGAUGAGAAGAACGGAUGCUGUCACUAUCUUCCCCACCCGCUUGUUAUCCAGGUCAUCCUUGCCAGGAGCUUGUGACCGUAACAAGAGAAUCCACUUCUUUAUGGUAGUCAGAUAUAAAGAGAGGAUGGCUUGGUUUGGGGAAAUGUUACUCUGUUCUGUUGUCACCCUUCCCCCCUUCUCCUCCAACCAUCUUUACACUUCCACCAACACCCUUCCCCACUCAGUUCCCUUUUUCCUGUUGAGGCUUGGAUGAGACUAAAAGCUGCUAUGUGACUGCCAGCAUUGACAGAGUCCCUGUCCGUCUGUCCUCCUGUCUGUCUGUCUGUCUGUCCAUUUUGUGUAUGGCCCUGUGAGGGCCUCAGCUGAGGACUGAACUGAGCUGCUGUGAAGCAUGCUGGGAGGAUGUGGAGCCCCCACAGCUGUGGUGUUGAGGGUUUUAUUCAGAAAGGACAAAAAAAGAUUACAAAAAAAAAGAUUUUAGUAGUUUAUAAUUUAAUCCGUUUUCAUGGUUUUCAUGGCAAGAGCGACAAAGCAGCUUGCACUGGCUGAGAGAUCAGCUGUUGUUCGCUGUGGGCAAGCCUUAGAACUUCAUGACAAAAAACCAACCAAUCGCGCGGAGGACGGCAGGUGGAACAUGCAUUGUACUGUAUUGUAUUGAAAUAUUUUACAUGAAGCAAGUAUCCUGACAAUAAAAGUGUAAACAAUUA